AUGGAUCGCGUAGAUCCACCACCGUCUCCGCCAGCCCCUCCAAAACCGAUCGCGACGGCUGACCAGGUCGACGUCACCCAACCCAACGUGACGUUGCCGCCGGCGCAAGAGAACAAGCCUCCGAUUCCUAUAACGGUGACGCUGUUCCCGAGCUCUCCAGGCGUCAAGACGUGUCGCGGAUCUUCAUUCGUGAACAUGGCAUUGCCGAGCAACGCGUCGACUGAGCCAGUAUUUACGACAAAGGAUGGACAAUGCUACAACCUGCCCGGGACAGCGCAGUGCGGGAUAUUUAUGGGCAACAAGGCGGACGGGUGCGAGGCGAAACUGUUCCGCGGGGAGAGAUGCACGGCGUUCUCUAACGUUGCCGUGUUCCAGGACGAGUUGCGACCAGUGGGCGGCUUCUUUGCCAGCAUAAGCAUCAAGUGCGGCAUCGUGCCCGUUGAGCCUAAGCCGCUGAGCCUAGGGGGCCUCGGCGGGAAGAUGCAGAAACCAGUGCCGGGGGGCAAAGGAUCGAGGGCUGCGAGGGCAGUAGACGCAGCGAUGCGGGCAGGUUAA